AUGGCGAACCGCGACAACCAGUCUGGCGCGAACCGCGGACGACUCAACUUCAUUGAUGCAUAUCCCCAUACCGCCGCCCCCACCGCCGAUGUCGUGUCUGCCUUCAUCAACGACACCAUCACGCCCGCCGCCGCUGUUCGCCCACAAGCUGCCUCGCGCGCUGCGGCUUCCUUGCUCGCCUCUGUCGAAGGCCAUGGACGACAGCUUCACCAACACCUCCGCGAGAAUCCGUCCGUUGCCGCCAAAGACAUCAGCGCAGAGAGAGGCCUUGCGACUCUCCAGCACCGUUGGGGAGCUCACCCCUGGGUUCCCGCUGCCUAUGCUCCUAGACCGCCCAUCGCCCCCCUCAUCAUCCGCAAGAUGGUCUGGAUCACCGACAAAGUGCUUUCCCGCCCUGGCGCCACCACCAACGACCUGGCCGCUCUCUGGGCUGGCUCCCCACGAGACCCUGAGAAUGCCGGGCUGCUGCUUCAGGCUGUCAUCACCUCCGGGGCCUCUAACCUCACCAAGGCCGUAGCUACACAAGCCGCCAAGAUGCUCGCUGCUGAGCUUGCCGUCGCCGAUGCUGAGGUUGUGAGGGUCCAGCGCCUGCACGAACAAGCUGCCGAAGAACGAGACUGGGCCGAGCUGGAGCUCCUCCACCAGGAAGAAGCCGCCGCACAGCGCAUGCUCGCUCUCCACGAGGCUGAGAUGGAGGAGGCCGCAGCAGAAGCAGAAGCCAUGGGCCUGAUGCAGGAUGCGGAGGAGCGCCAUCAGCAACAGCAGCAGCAACAUGGGGAAGAGGAAGAGGAAGAGACUGAAGCUUCUCGUCGCAACAAUGACGCUUUUCUCGACUUCCGCUACGACGACGCGCGCGACGACUACAAUCCCCUUUUCGGCGAUGACAAUGAUAUCCCCUUGCGCGACCACAACAUCCCCCUCGUUGGUAACGAGCCCCAUGGCUCCCCUGCCCCGAGUUCCGACGAUGACCCUUUCAGGAGCUCGCCCGCCCGCCCUGCUGUCCGGUCUGCUCCCGGCGCCGUCCGAUCCCGGCCCGAAUCCGACUCAGAGUCCGAUGCGCCCCCCCGCCAACGCCGCCGCACCAUUUCCGUCUCUUCUGACCGCGACUCCGACUCCGACUCCGACUCCGACUCCGAAGAGGCCCCCCAACCCCCGCCCGCACGCCGUGUUCGCCGCCCUAGGGCACCCCCUGCGAGCCAGGAGGAGGAGCUUGACAGGAUUGCCCAGCGCAUGUACGACACCACCAUGUCCCAGCUUAGGCAAGGCACUUUCACAUCCCGUAUGCGGCUUGCCGAUCGUCAGGACAUCGCAUGGCACGCACGAGCUGCUGUUCUCGACACCGCUGUCGCCCAAGAGGAGGGCAUUGCCGAGCCCAACAACGAACCUCGCGCCGGCCGGGCCUUUGAGGACGAGUUGAGCUCAGAGUACGAUGAGGAGUUGAUGCCAACGCCGCCGGUGCGUCGGGCUGGAACCAUGUUCACCAGCUUAGUCUUCGAUUCAGACGACGAGUAA